GCGGAGCCCGGCGGCGGCGGCGGCGGGUCGGUCAUUCUGUCAACCCCACGGACAGCGAGCGGAGGAGCGGCGGAGCAGAGUGGGAGUCUCCGGUCUCCCUGCGGAACUUUCCCCUGCUUCAGCGCUCUCCCAUCGGCGGCUGCCGCUCCGCAGCGCUGCCUGGACGAAUAACGGAGUUGUAUGAAAGUGGGAGAAGUUGCGUUUCCGGCAGCCUGACAGCCCCCACGAUGAAGAAGAACAGCUCCGGGAAACGGGGUCGGGCGGACCCCAGCCAGCAGAACCCAGUGCCGGACAAAACGGGCUGGAUCAGGAAGUUCUGUGGGAAGGGGAUCUUCAGGGAGAUCUGGAAGAACCGCUUCGUGGUUCUGAAAGGAGACCAGCUGUUCAUCUGUGAGAAGGAGGUGAAGGAACUGGGUCGGGCCGACGAAGUUCUGGACCUGUCCGACUACGAACGCUGCGAAGAGAUCAGGAAGAACAAGAGCCGCAGCAAGAAGAACCACAGCAAGUUCAGACUGCAGCGCUGCAGCUCACCGGGCAACACGGUGCCCAACCAGGUGUUCCUGGCCGUCAGCCCGGAGGAGAAGGACUCCUGGAUCAACAUCCUGAACAUGGCCAUCACCAGAGCCAAGAACCGGAUCCUGGAUGAGGUGAUGGUGGACGACUCCCAGCUGUCUCACCUGACCAGAGACAGAGUGAAGAUCCCUCACAACCGCCGGCUGCCCACCAGAGGCCACCUGCUGGCCGUGGCGUCCACCUCGUCCUCAGACGGGAUGCUGACCCUUGACCUCAUCCAGGAGGAGGACUCGGCGUCUCAUAAAGGUGUCGCCACAGAACCGCCGGCCCGACCGGGUCUGGACUGUCCCAGGUCCCAGACGGACGGGUCGCUAGCGGACCGAACCGCUGAGUCGUCCUCCAAGUCCCAGAGCCUUCCCUGCGACAAGGCCGUGUGGCAGAAGACGGGUCCGGCCCAGACCCCCCAGCCGGACCGGCGGCUCGGCGCCGCGGAGAAGAACCGCUGCGCCUCCAUGGACGAGAUCCUGAACCCGGACGCCAAGAACCAAACUCCGACCGGAACCGGCAGAACCGCGGCACCGCUCGGCCGGCUACAGGAGCUCAUCGACCAGAAGCUGGAGCGGACGGAGCGGCUGCUGCUGGAGGUCCAGGCCGACGCCGAGCCGGGCGGCGCCAAGGGCGGGAAGCCGGCGCCGGACGGACCGCGGGCCGAGGCGGAGCGGCUCUUGAAGGAGGCGGCAGCCACCUGGACCCAGGCCCGGCAGGUUCUGGACGAGGUCCAGGAGCUGAAGGCGUUGUACCGCCAGCUGGAGCCCGGCUGCCUCAACAGCACCAAACCCAACCGUAAGAGCCUGAUGUGAACCGGCCAGACCAGAACCACAGCCCGGUCUGGACUCAGCUGGGUCCUAAAGACUUCCCAGGGGUUCCGAAGAGCAGAACCUCAUCAAUCCUGUCAGAAGUUCCUGUUCUGUUGGACCUGGCUGGGUCCCUGAAGCUCCGCCCACAAAUACCUGAACAUCAGGUGUUCUCUCAGGUUCCUGUGCCUUCAGGAAGAACUUUGACCUGAGGUUCUGGUUGGACCGACUCCUGGGUGUGGACCCGUCUAAAGUACUGCUGUAAUAUAUGGAAAUGCUGCUUUUUACUGGGUUUUGAUCCGGUUCAGAAUCUCAAACCAGGAUCAGAACCAACAGACGGAUUUUGAGAGUUCUGGGAGGUUCUGAAGGAAACCAGCUGAUUUUUUUCUGCAGGGAAAAAAAAAGUUUCAGACGUUUUUAUUACAAAGUUGAUCAAAGUCAAUGUCUACGCAGAUGAUGUGGUUCUGUUGGCUAACGGUCCGAUUGGUGUGAGGCCCGGUUCCGGAGGAGUAGGUUCUGGUAUUGGAUGAAAUGAUCUGGAUCCACGGCCAGAUCGCAUCUCAGGUUCCAGUCCUGAGAUGCGGACCAGAACCAACAGAACCUGGUUCUGGACGGAGGCAGAUAGAAGCGGGUCAGGAGUUCUGCCUCAGUCAGGACUGGAUCAGGAGAAUCCUUCUCAUUACUGUGAAAAUCAUUCAGGUAUGGUGAUAGCAUUAGCAUUAGCAUUUCCCACCAGCCACUUGAAUUUCAGGAUGAUGGCCGUUUUUCAAGAUGGCUGCUGCUUUUUACACCCUUUAAAUCAGUUAUUGCCGUGAAACUUUUCCCAUUUUCAUGACUUGGAUGAAUUUUAUGUGACAUCAUGUUUCGGUCGUCCGGUUCAUGAAACGUUAAAGUGAUAAGUUGCUGCCGUCAGAACGCGGGGGACGUAAAACACAGGAAAUUUACAGGAAAAUACGGGAGAACGGCGGCGGGAAAGAGGAGAAAAAUACGGCAGUUUCAAAACGGGAGACUUGAAGAAGACUAGAGACAGUCAACUUAACGUUAGUGUUUUUUUUGUUUAGCAGUUUAGCGUUAGUUUAUAUUUAUGUUUUUAAUGCAUUUAGCAUUUGCUAGCAUAGCAUUUAGCAGUUGAGCAAUAGAAUCUGCUAAUUUUUUAAAUUCACCUAGUGCUUUAGCAUUAGUGUAUCUAAGAUUCUUGUUUAGCAAAUUAUUAGUUAUUGAAGCUAACAUUUCAGUUAGCCCACUGCUGGCAAUAACUGAUUUUAUUGCAACCAUGUACUGUCCAACAA